AUGACAGAUACUCCAGAAGAUCCACCUGCUGAUAAUAUUUUUGCCAACAUUUCAUCAACAGAUCUUCAGAACUUGAACAUGUGCAUUACUGUUAAAUGUGCAGAACUUGCUGAUCCAAACGCGAAAGUUUUGGAAGUAAUGUCGCCAAUCUUCCGUGGUCUUGCAUCGCAUAAGCCAACAAAACGUUCAGGUUAUGCUAUCAUCCUUACAGUCGUCCUUAGAAAGUUCCAUGAUAGAAUAAAUGAAGAAGAAGCACUUAAAUUUAUUCAAAAUCUCAAUUUCAAUAAGAAAUCAAAGAAAUCUGCAGCAAGAACAUCAUCUUUAGCGAAAGUUACAGCACUUCUUGCAUUAGUUCGUGCUAAAAUCUUUGUAUCUGAAACGGCCGCUUCAUAUGCUUUAGUUGAGUGCUGCAAAAUCGCUCAAGAACGUCCUAUGUUGCAAGCAUUCAUCUAUUCUGCGCUUGCUACAAUGACAAUUGAAACAGAAUUCCGUUUCUUUGAAGAGACAAUUUCAUCAAUAGCGAAAAACCUCGAUUCAUUCAUUUUCUGGUUCAAGAUUAUGCCGCACAUUCCAGAGGACAAGAUGUCUCUGGUACCAGAAGAGCUCCGUAAAGGACUUUAUACCGAUGAAUGCGCGGAAGCAAUUACAAAGCAACUUAGACUUACAAAACAGCCAUGGAAUUCACAGAUAUGGAAAGUCAUAUGCAUAGAAGGCUCCGAUGAGCAAUUACUUACAUUCUGGCAAGGAAUUGUCAUGAAAGAAAUUCGUGGUGCACCAGAUGCAGUCAGAAUAUCAACAAUUCUCAUUGUUAAAUCCGUCUUACCAAUUCUAAGACCUUCUUUAUAUCCAAUUGUCAUUUGCGCCUCAUUUAUCAGAUUAAUCAACAGUUUCUUGGGAAGUCCACUAUGUGCACAUGCCGUAGAAUUCCUCGACCAUGUUAUUAAAGACCAUCAUCUCAAACUUGAAGACAUAAUGAAGCAUUUCUUCUUUAUUCAAGCGCAUUUACCAGACGGAUUCAAUUUCCACCGCCAGGUAUAUGAUAUGUGCACAAUAGAGGAGCUCAAAACCCGGUUUGAGCUGUUAAAGGAAGAAAAUGAGAAUCAUAAAAUCGAAUUUAAGCAGAGAAUACCAGCAGACAAGAAAUCUCAUGACGAUAGCGGAUACAAGAUGUUCAGGUUCGACAAAUUACGCGCUUUAUUUAUUGCUACAGCUCAUCACAAAGAUAUUAAGUUUACAACUACAGUAUUCGACUAUUUAUUCCAGAAUUGGGAGAACCAACGCCAACAUCUCGCAUCAGAUCUUGUAAUUUACGACGAACAUCGUGUAGAAGGCUCAGCAACUUUGCCAGAUAUCCUUAAACAGCCAAAAAUGCCACAUUUCGAUUCAUGCUACAAGCUUUAUUCAAUCUGUACGGGUGCUUCAUCAUCGCCAUCGCUUGAUACAGUCAUUCCUCCAGCUCUUAACGAUUCAGCUCCUUCAUCCGCUUUAAUUCAAGUUGCAUUACAACAUUCCAAGGAACCAUCGCUUAUCCAGCACGCUUACAAGUGCCAUCUCAAGUCCGUGGCCGGAAAAAUCCCUACUGAUGACUUAGAAAAGUUCUUGAAAGACUACGUCCCAGCCGCUGACACUUUUACGAUAGAUUCGGUCUCAAUUUUACAAGUUGCUGUUGAUUCCUGCGAGAUAUCGUUUAACAUCGCUGGCCCGCUGUUCGACCUAUUUUGCAACACGCUAAAGAACUGCGAAGCGACUGUUGCGAUGCCUCUUGGAAAUCUGAUUAUUGAGACACUCAAACGCGAAUCGAAGGAUUUCUCCUUGCAGACCGUACUCUCCGCGAUAUUCAAGUCCAUGGACAACCUACCAAAUUCUAUUGUUUCUCGCCAUGAAAAAUUAAUUCAACCUGUUUUCAGCCAAAUCUUAGCCGGAGUCAUCAAAGCGAAACUACCUCUAUCUCCUAAGUGCGUCAGAGCCCUCGAAAAGCAGCUAAACGAAGCAGUUUUGGACUAUGCCGUCAAAUCUACUCCGCAUUUCUGCAUUACGAUCUUCCAGGAGUAUACAAAGUUACCUGGAACAGUUCCUUAUUCACUCUUCGGCCCUAUUUGCUGUAAUUUACCAACAGCAAAGCGUUUACAGAGAAGAGUUGAUUUAAUGAACCUCGUAACAGCAAUUUUAGCCACUCCUAAAGGUCCUGAUGUACUUAUUACAUACGAGAAAGACUUCACCAACUGCGUGAAUGCACUUUUGGAGGAAGUAAAGAGAGGAUCAACAGAUGAGAACGGAAAACAUAAGAAGGAAGCAGAGAAGAGGCACGAGAAGGUUCUCUUAGGAAUAAAGAAGUGGUUCGAACUCAUCAAGAACAGGAGGAAGGCUUGUGAGCACGUCGCAAUCGGUGAUUUCAGAAGAAAAUGUCAGGCAAUAAUGCAAAUAGGCGAAAACUCAACGAAAUCAUUACUAACACUCCUCCAGAAUAUAGAGCAGCAAGUGCAUGUUAAGCACCGCAAUUUCGAAUAA